AUGGCGGAUGGGCAACUACAAGACGAUCCGAAAUUGUUCUCUCAGUGCAGAAUUUGUAUUAUCUGCCCGAACUCAAACGAAGUUGAUGAUACCGCCCAGCUUUCAACUGCUAUCCAGAAUCAUGGAGGUGAAGUCACUCUCCACCGAUUACCAGCGUCGUUACCCCGGGUUCAUGAAUUUACUCAUGUCGUGUCCUCCACCAUCGACUUCCCUGGCCAUGAUGCGGCUUGCGACGCGUUGGUACCGGUGGUUAAACCCCAAUGGGUGAAUGCGUCAAUUUCGAAAAACAAGCUCGUCAACCCCAGACACUAUAAUCCUGAUCCGAGAUUAUUCCUAAACGACGUUGUUGUCGCAUGCGUGGAUAUUCCUGAGGGUGAUCAGGAUGCCAUUUUCGGAGGGGUAGUGGCGAUGGGAGGAUUAUGCAGCUCCAAAAUUACGCGCACUACAACUCAUCUGGUGGCCUUGACGCUGGACUCUGACAAAUGCGUCAGUCUUUUAAACAGAGGCCUAGACAUCAAAAUAGUUCUUCCCCAUUGGUUUGAUGAUUGUCUUAAACUAGGGAAGAGAAUCGACGAACGUCCUUAUUUGCUACCAGAUCCGGAGAUCCUUCGAUUGCGUCAUGACGCGCCUGUCCGAAUCACCGAAAAUAAAAGUAUCAUUGGCGCAUCAACACCAGAGCCAAAGGUUCUGUCUCCUGAAUCACUGCGUGAGGAGGUCCGGAGCGAUUUAAAUGUUUUUGAGGGAAAGACCGUGAUGUUGUCGGAAGACCUGGCGAUUGCUGCACGCCUUCAUAAGUCUCUUGUAGACCUGAUCGUAAAAAGCGGCGGCCAUGUGACAAGCAAUGUCCGGGAUACCGACCUAUACAUUUGCCGCUACCGCGAAGGGGAAGAGUACAGGUCGGCAUCAAGACUGGGCAAGGACGUCGGGAACUUAUCUUGGCUCUUCCAUCUUAUCACCCAUAAUUCAUGGAUCUCUCCAUUACGGCGGCUGCUCCACUAUCCACUCGCUAGACAUGGAAUCCCGGGCUUUAAAGGAUUCAAGAUCAGCUUGUCAAAUUACGCGGGGGAAGCACGUAUAUACCUGGAAAAUUUAAUCGUCGCUGCCGGCGCUGAGUGCACGAAAACGUUAAAACAGGACAAUACCCAUCUUAUCACGGCGCAUGGUACAAGUGAAAAAUGCACCGCAGCCAAGGAGUGGAAUAUCCAUAUUAUCAAUCACCUCUGGCUCGAAGAGAGCUAUGCUAGGUGGCAGCUCCAAACCAUUACCGACCCCCGCUACACCCAUUUCCCGCACCGGACCAACCUGGGAGAAAUCGUUGGCCAAACUAAAAUCGAUCGGUUUGCCAUUGAAGAACAUUUUUGGGGACACCAAGAUGCUGCGGUUCCCGAGUGGAAAUCUCCCUCUGCAGUCAUGCGCCCGAAAAAUAACAAUUUUCCAAGCAAUCACAAUACACAUAUUUCAGAACCUACCAAGGGAAAACCAGCCCAUCUACCAGCUCCGGCGGAAGGAACGCCUAAAGUACCCAAACCCAACAAGUCUUUAGCUAAAUCUAAGGAUUCGCAUCUUCAAACCCCACAGAUUUCCAGAUUUAUCGCGGAGGGCAAGGAGAACGCUACCCCUUCAACGACGGGAAGUAGAAAAUCCAAAGACGUAGCCGCUGCACGAUUACAAGAAAUUGCCCCCGACAUCGCGCUAUACGAAAAAGAAAGGAAACGUGUGGGCGGAGUUAUUUACGGUGGUCGAAGGAGAAGUGACCCAAACGAGAGAGCUUCUUCUCGCAAGAGGUCGAUGGAUCCAGAAGACGAAACAGAUAUUGAAGAUACAAAUGGUGCCAAAAAGUCGAAGCAGGCGCAAGUCCCUAUUGUUAUGCAUCUUUUGCUCACUGGCUUUCAAAAAUGGGUUGGGGAUUUGAAAUUGGAGGAGUCAGACAGGCGCCUCCUACGCAAGUUAGGUAUCCAGGUCGUCCAAGAUGCCAACAAAUGCACACAUCUAGCGGCCCCAUCCGUCUUACGUACGCAUAAAUUCGUCAACGCCAUUGCCUAUGCACCUAUAAUCCUCCACACGGAUUUUGUGAAUGCGUGCCUUGAGCAGAACCAACUACUGAACCCGAACGACUUCCUUUUACGUGACCCUGAGUCUGAGGGCAAAUACAACCUCUCACUGGACAAAGCUAGGCUCAAUGCGCUUGAAAACAAAAACCAACUGCUCGAUGGCAGGAUACUAUACUGCGUUGAAACCAUUACUGGCGGCUUUGAAGCAUUUAAAUCCAUCGUCGAAACCAAUGGGGGCCAAUGUCUCCUGUUCCGUGGUCGAUCUGGCAUCACACUGCCAAAUCGACGUCGCAGUAGUGAUGAAAAUAGGGGGAAUGAUGGGGCUCCAAGUUUUGAUGAAAUAUAUCUCAUCAGCGGCACUGAAAAGAGCCAUGUGCGGUUAUGGCCGAAGUUCAGGAAUAUGGUGUUGAAUGCGAAGAAAAUUCCCAAGAUCGUUCAGCCGGAUUGGCUAUUGAAUAUUGCCAUGGCGCAGGAAUGGCGGUGGAAUGAUUCUCUAGAACUGAAAGAAGAAGAUAUUCAGAUGGCUGACGCGUAG